UCGUAGUGUUACAAAUUCACUAGGCAAACUUCAAGUAAUGGAAUUUGUAUUGUUUCUUCAUAAAAUAUAAAUCUUUUUUCAUUAGUCGACUGUUCAAAAUGAAACGGAGAAAAUCAAUGAUAAAUCAAUAUUUAAUCCAAAACCGUUCAAAGAUGCAAGCCUUUGGUUUAUCGAAGAUAAUGAAGAGAAACAAGAAAUGUUGGAACAGAAAGAUAUUUUAGAAGAAAUAACUGGUGCUCCUUCACAUAAGAAAGCAGCCAUUGAAGAAGCAAAUAAACAGAAGGAAAAAGACAAGAAAAUUCAUAUGAAAAAAAUUCUUACUCAAGAACUUAUCAUCAAUUUGAAAGUAAUCGAAGUUAAACUUGAACUUGGCUCAGGUUCAUCGACGAAACCAAUAAUUGCCAUGUGUUUCUCGGAUCUAUUAGUCGAAGUGAAAAAUUGGUCUACCAAUAUAAAUAUUUUCUCGAAAAUUUAUGUUGAACUAGCUUUAUUCAAUGAUAAUUUACUUGCAUGGCAACCAUUGAUUGAACCAGUGAUUGAUGAAAAGGGUGAAGUUGUCUGUCCAUGGUGCAUUACAUGUUCGACAUCAAAUGAUGAAGAUGAAGAAGAAGAGAAUGAUAAAGAGGUAAAUAAUAGUAUGAAGAUAUUGCAUUUUGAUUAA